AUGAGCACUCAAGACUUGAAAGAAAAUGCGUCAACAAGCGCUGGGGACCAUGGCGACACGACAGACCUCGGCUUGCUCGUUGGCUUGGAUGAGGAAACAUUUGGAGCUAGAGUCCCAGCGAUCCUCUCAUCCGCCAGCCAAGCCAUCUUCAAGUCUCACCAGUGCAAACCUCCCGGAAUCGAAGCGAUCCGAUCACGCGCAACGGAAGCUCCAACAGUGGCUGCCGUCUCCGACAUCAUCAAAUCACCGAUAAAGGACCAAGACGGCUUUUACCUUGCCUGGACAGCCCUCAACGAAGUCGUCGUCGACCUGCCUCUUGAGGAGCUUCACCACUAUCGUCCGGCCUUGAAAGCGGUAUCCGAAACAACCGCCUCCGACACGACGGCGUCGCACUACCAAGGUGCGACGGGCCUACGCAGCGAAGCAGCAUCGCUCAUCCGCUUCAUGGACGAUCCGACGGCGGUGUGGGUUCCCCAAACAAAGAGCGACUACAUCGCCGAGCGCACUCUCCAAGAACGUGUAAAAACCGCAGACGAGAUGCGCCCGCACGUCCCGGGUCUGCUCGGCUGGCUCGCCGACCCAAACUGGCCCCCGUUCCGUGGCUGUCGGGCCCAGCUGGCCAGGUUCCCGGAGGUGACGGUGGGGCCGAUCGGGCAGCUCAUCGAGAAGGAGAGAGGAGACGGAGGGUGGAUCGCGAGUCUUCUCGAAUUUUUAGAUGAGUGCGUGCCCUUGAGCAUGUGUGAGGAGCUCAAGCCGAGGGUCAAGGCUCUUGUGGAAGAGGCUAAAGGGGACGAGGACGAUUGGGAGGUUUCGGACUUGGCGAGUCAAUGGUUAGAGAAGCUAGAGAAAGCCUGA